AUGUGUAAAAGAAGAGUUACUCUGAAGAGUGAAAUUAUUUCCUUCAGAGGAUAUCCCAGUGAGGAGUAUGAAGUAGUGACAGAGGAUGGUUAUAUCCUCACUGUUAACAGAAUACCUCAUGGGAAAUCCAGUCAGCUGAACAAGGAUCCUAAACCAGUGGUGUUUCUGCAGCAUGGUGUACUUGCUGAUGGCAGCAACUGGGUGACAAACCUGGACUAUAAUAGCCUGGGCUUCAUAUUGGCAGAUGCUGGCUAUGAUGUUUGGAUAGGAAACAGCCGAGGGAACACUUGGUCCCUAAGACACAUAAACUAUACAGUGAAAGAUGAAGCAUUCUGGAAGUUCAGUUAUGAUGAAAUGGCAAAAUAUGACCUUCCAGCUUCCAUUAACUUCAUCCUGGACAAAACUGGCCAGAAGCAAAUAUUUUAUGUUGGCCAUUCUCAGGGCACCACAACAGGUUUCAUUGCAUUUUCAACUUUGCCACAGCUAGCUAAGAAGAUAAAAAUGUUCUUUGGAUUGGGACCCGUCGCCACUAUAAAGUUCUCGACCAGCCCUUUGGUCAAGUUUAGCAUAUUCCCAACACUGUUGCUCAAAGAAGUUUUUGGAACCAAAGAGUUUUUCCCCCAAAACUCGAUUGUGAGAUGGCUGGCAACUCACUUCUGUGACCAUUUCUUCCUGGAUGACCUCUGUGGCAAUGUAUUCUUUCUGUUUUGUGGUUUUAAUGAGCAAAAUCUAAAUAUGAGUCGAGUUGAUGUAUACUCAACACACUGCCCAGCUGGAACAUCUGUCCAGAAUAUGCUUCACUGGCGUCAGUCAGCAAAAUCUGGGGAGUUUAAAGCUUAUGACUGGGGAAGCAAGAAAGAAAACAUGGCUCACUAUAACCAAUCAACACCACCUUACUACAAAGUAAAAGAGAUGACUGUCCCAACUGCUCUCUGGACUGGUGGCCAUGACUGGCUGGCGGACUCAAAGGAUGCUGCCCUGUUGCUGACUCAGGUCCCGAACUUAGUUUACUACAAGAAUAUCCCUGAGUGGGAACAUCUGGAUUUCAUCUGGGGCCUUGACGCCCCUCAGCGUGUCUACAAAGAAAUAAUUCAGUUAAUGCAGAGAUACCAGUGAAAAGUCUACGGGCUGGGAGCUGUGAGAAGUUCUUCCGGAAACAAAUGCGAUUGCUUUGUGAUAUAUGUCUUCUUGGAAAGGGAUUCAUUACUACUUAAGUCAUACAGUAUUAUUUUCUUUCUAUGUGAAGGGAAUUGUUUUUAUUUUAAUUGCAUUACUCAUAAGCAUCUAAACCACUGCAUCUUGCAUGAGUGCCACCAGUAAUAGUUGAUUCUGAUCGUGGAAUGGCUCUGGAGGCCUGAAGAUUACAGCUGCUACUCUAGAGAAAAGAAAAUGCCUUACUAUUAAACUUAUAGGCAUAGGACUUUCGGAUUACACAUCCCAUCAUUGCCCAUUCUGGGAGAUUUACCUGACAGAUCCACACCUAUAGACAACUAAAUGUGGCUCACCUAAGCAGGAAGCCUAUCUGGGAGGCCUUGAGGCUUUGCACAGUUUUGCCCUGGGCAGAAAGGAAGCUACCUUGCUGCCAGCUGGGAGCUUCUUUUUUCAAAGAGGAGGCCUAGGGCAGAGCUAGUCCCGGAGCCUUCCCUGAUCAGCCUUUUCUUUGGGUUAGCCACAGAUCAAUGUCUGUCUGUAUAAGCCUGUCAUGGGGAACACCCAGAAUGGAGUAGUAUUAGAUUUGUGAUCCACUCACCCCCCACCCCCACCCCCGAAAAUCACAUGCCUAAUCUUGUAUAGCUAUUUUCUCUUGAAAGCAAAGUGAUCAUCUGAAUGUUGGGAGAGAGAGAAGUGGGAAUACAAGGAUCUGUUAUCCUGAUUCUGUGAAAAUUUCUUUGAAAAUAAUGUGGCUAUGUUUAUGGGCUUCUUAAGGUUGCUAGCACUGCUGGGAGUCUACCUUCUUUAGAUAUUAUUUGGCUAUCUACCAUUUCAAAAAGAAAACACACACUUCAGGUAAUGUUUUAGUUGUGGAUUUGCAAACCAUAGGAUUCCUUUAGGACUGUUGGGAAUUUGAGUUUUUGAAAUCUUAUUCUGAAGUAUUUUUUCUGGGCUUCACUGGAACCAUUCAAGAAUACUUUAAAGAGUUGCACCUUUGUAAUCAAAGUACAGAUGAAUCCGGCUUCCUUCGUAAAGAGAAUUGAAAUGAGUGUCAAAGUAUUACAAAUUUAUUUUGCUGAUCAAAAUGCACAGUUUUUAUCCUGUUAAUAUCUGAAGGCUUUCUUCAGGCUUGAUGGUCCGAGUUCUGAAAGAUUUAUUAAGAUAUAUGCCUUUUAUGUGUAAAAGAGAUGUCCUUGUAGCUCCUAAAGAAGGCUUGGAACCAUCAACAAGCCAAAAUGCAUCAGGCAUUUUACAGACCUGUCUCUCCUCCACACUUGUUCCCUUUGCUGUAAAAGCACGUUAGGCGUGUUAGGAUUUUUAAAGAAAGCUAUCUGUGUUUAGCAGUUAAAAUGCAUGUCUCAAGAAAGAGAUAAUGAAUGUGUAGUACUGCAGUUUAUGUUAAAUUACUUCCCAUCAGCCCCUAGCAAGCACAGCCAGUGAUGAGGUGUCAUGGGAAUUGUAGUCCAGUAACUUUUGGAAGGCUGCCAUUUUGUCAUAAAUGGUUGACACUGGCGGCUUCUCUUUCCCAUGUGUGCAAUGGCUUUGUUGCUUGUUUGGUUGCCAAAAUAAACCAAUUACACAAAGGGGCAUUAGUUACUUCUUAUGCAAGCACUCUUCCCCCCCAAGCUGGCUGGUCUCAACCUUGUGUAACUGCAAGCUGGGAUCGCUUGAGAAUGGCAGAGGUCUCUGCCUGUGGAACCAUUUGAUCUUACUGUUAUGGUCCUGUAAUGCUAGAAGGACAGAUAUGUACAACUUUUCUACAGAGGAGAUAAACGCAGCAGAAGGCUCCGGUAUUCUCAUCUUACGUUUGGAAACAAACGGAUGUCAUGCAAUCUCAGUAUCAUAUUUUUCACAUGUCUUGGUGGUUUAUCAAGAUACUGAAGCUGUGUUAUUUGAAUGCAACACGGUGUACAGCACUUAUUUUGCUGAUCAAAAUGCACAAUUUUUAUCCUGUUAAAACAUCACACAUUUGGGUUGGAAGUAAAUUCUUUAGAUUUUAUUUAAAAAUGAAACUGAUGUCUAACACAAGUAAGAAGGCUUAAAAAUGGAGCCUGUGAAUAUCUUACAUCAACGUUUCAGAACACAUGGGAAAUUGCACUUUUGAACUUCACGGGCCCAUACAAAA